AGCUGCCGCUGUCCCCAGAGCCAGCGCCCAGAGCACAGAGUCGCGCCGGCCAUGAGGGAGAUCGUGCACAUCCAGGCGGGCCAGUGCGGGAACCAGAUUGGUACCAAGUUUUGGGAAGUGAUCAGUGAUGAGCACGGCAUCGACCCGGCCGGAGGCUACGUGGGGGACUCGGCGCUGCAGCUGGAGCGGAUCAACGUCUACUACAAUGAGUCAUCCUCUCAGAAAUAUGUGCCCAGGGCUGCCCUGGUGGACCUGGAACCGGGCACCAUGGACAGUGUGAGAUCCGGGCUUUUUGGACAGCUUUUCCGGCCUGAUAACUUCAUCUUUGGGCAGACAGGUGCCGGUAACAACUGGGCCAAGGGCCACUACACGGAGGGAGCGGAGCUGGUGGACUCGGUGCUGGAUGUGGUUCGCAAGGAGUGUGAGCACUGUGACUGCCUGCAGGGCUUCCAGCUGACGCACUCGCUGGGCGGGGGCACGGGCUCGGGCAUGGGCACCCUGCUCAUCAGCAAGAUCCGCGAGGAGUACCCCGACCGCAUCAUGAACACCUUCAGCGUCAUGCCGUCGCCCAAGGUGUCCGACACGGUGGUGGAGCCCUACAACGCCACGCUGUCCGUGCACCAGCUGGUGGAGAACACGGACGAGACCUACUGCAUCGACAACGAGGCCCUGUAUGACAUCUGCUUCCGCACGCUCAAGCUCACCACCCCCACCUAUGGUGACCUCAACCACCUGGUGUCAGCCACCAUGAGUGGGGUGACCACGUCGCUGCGCUUCCCGGGCCAGCUCAAUGCUGAUUUGCGCAAGCUGGCCGUGAACAUGGUGCCCUUCCCGCGCCUGCACUUCUUCAUGCCGGGCUUUGCGCCCCUGACCAGCCGGGGCAGCCAGCAGUACCGUGCCCUAACCGUGCCCGAGCUCACACAACAGAUGUUCGAUGCUAGGAACAUGAUGGCUGCCUGUGACCCACGCCAUGGCCGCUACCUGACCGUGGCCACCGUUUUCCGUGGGCGCAUGUCCAUGAAGGAGGUGGACGAGCAGAUGCUGGCCAUCCAGAACAAGAACAGCAGCUACUUCGUGGAGUGGAUCCCCAACAACGUCAAGGUGGCCGUGUGUGACAUCCCACCACGUGGUCUCAAGAUGGCCUCCACCUUCAUCGGCAACAGCACGGCCAUCCAGGAGCUCUUCAAGCGCAUCUCGGAGCAGUUCUCUGCCAUGUUCCGGCGCAAGGCCUUCCUGCACUGGUUCACGGGCGAGGGCAUGGAUGAGAUGGAGUUCACAGAGGCCGAGAGCAACAUGAACGACCUGGUGUCUGAGUACCAGCAGUACCAGGACGCCACAGCCAACGAUGGUGAGGAGGCCUUUGAGGACGAUGAAGAGAUCAACGAAUAGAGUGGCUCCAGGGCCCAGCAGUGCACGCUGCACAGAGGGGUGCACUGGUCUUGGGGGAGUUGUGUGGGCCCCUCCCAGCAGUACCAAGAGAGCUGUAUUCCCAGCCAUCAGGAGUAGGAAAAAAAAUACAGGACCAUGGCAAGUAACUGGCUGCCCACCCUAGCCAGGGUUGCGUGCCGGUCUUGAGGGACAUGAACCAUGAGGUCACAGGGGGCUAGAGGGAAGCGUCAUGUUCCGGUGAGCGUUCAGUCACCUCUGAGAAGGUGACUGAGCAAAGGGCAGUGAGCAAUGGGAUUUUGUUGUCCAUCCUUUGUGAUGAAAGCUCAAGUGUUGCCUUAUUUGACCAUGUGCUGUGAAACUCUGAAACGAUCCAUUCAUAAUAAAAUGCUCAACUUGUGCCUGGGU